GCCGCGCUCGCCCUCGCUGCGACCCUGCGCCAUGUCAACCAGUCCCUCCACACCGCUCGAGCAAGUCGGCGAUCUGUCGGACAACCUGCGCGGCGUCCUCGAGAGCAAGAUGGCCAGUGCACGGAAAGCAUGCGCAACCCUCGCCCACCACAAGGAGCCGCCAGGUCUCGCCGAGGCCAUCAUCGAGUACGAGGUCGCCGCGUCGCUCAAGGACCCGUCCGAGGCGCGACGGCUCAACUAUGAGUACCAGGACAAGUUCAAGGCGUACCUCGACGAACCAGAAGGCUCGGCAGCCGAGGAGACGAUCGCCAACUCGAUGCAGACGCUCCUCAACGUCAUGGACUGUAUCCGGCGACUCGAGAACUCGAUCCGCCUUCGAGCGUCGGCCAACCACGAGAUCGAGGAGCAAGCCUGCGCCGCCGUCACCGACUCGCUCAUCGACCUGUACCACACGACCCGCGACGAGCUCGACGGCGGCUCGCCGCAGCCGUCGGCCGCAGGGGGAGCGACCGUCGUGCGCCGCAAGAGCCGCUCGAGCCGGUGGCAGCCGAGGGCGAACGCGCUUCCCGGAUUGUCCGAGGCGGUCGAGGUGGGAGAGGCUGGUGGGACGAUUGCCGAGGAGCCUUGACGGCGGGUCAGGGUCGAGGGGCGGGUCUUCUUUGUCGAGCUGGACGUCGCCGCGGGUUCGGCAACGUCAGACGAGCGUUUUCUUUCC